UUCUAGUUAGGUAGCUCACUUGAUUGUGAAACACAUCCGCAGACCGCUAGGGCUGAAGUCAUGUGUGAGGUGGUGCUUGUGGUGUGUUUAGAGAAAGUGCUUUGUUGACAGAGGCUUGGACACACGAAGACGCUGCUGCUGUGAUGAGUGAAGAUGCCCGGUGUUCCGCAGAGAGUGUUCGCGCUGCCCAGACAGCUUUCCCUGCUGCUGCCCGCCGUCAUCAACCCUUUCGUGCACGACCUUAAGUUAACCAAAGCCGAAACAAUCAAAUGUUUUCUUCUGGGAAUCAUCCUUGUGCCGCUCCGUGGCAUUUUCUUGCUUCUCGUUCUCAUGAUGAUGUGGCCGGUUUCUGUCAUGAUAACAUUCAGACAGUCUCUGAAAGGAGCAGUGGAGCCCAUGACUGGCUGGAGAAGGAUCAUGCACAAAAGAGUGAUGACCUUUCUAGGUCGGCUGUAUUUCUUCGGCAUGGGCUUCAGGGUGGUGGUGAAGGGGAAGAAGGCCAGCAGUGCAGAGGCCCCCAUUCUAGCUGUGGCCCCCCACUCUUCUUUCUUUGAUGCCAUUGUCUGUAUCGAAACUGGUCUUCCCUCUACUGUAUCCCGUUCUGAGUCCCUGGAAGCACCAAUCUUUGGCAGGUUUUUGCGCUGUGUGCAGCCAGUGCUUGUUUCACGCAAAGAUCCAGACUCUCGUAGAAACACUAUCCUUGAGAUUGAGCGGAGAGCAAAGUCAGGAGGACACUGGCCACAGGUGCUCAUUUUCCCUGAAGGAACAUGUACCAACAGAUCAUGUCUCAUUACCUUUAAACAAGGAGCCUUUGUCCCAGGGGUCCCAGUACAGCCUGUUCUGAUCAGAUACCCAAAUAAACUGGACACAGUUACAUGGACAUGGCAGGGCCCAAAAUCGGCCAGACUACUGCUGCUCACACUCUGUCAGCUCUAUACUACAGUGGAGGUUGAGUUUCUGCCCCCUCAAAUUCCUACUGAGAUGGAGAAAAAGUGUCCUAUCAAGUUUGCUCAUUCAGUGAGAGCUGUGAUGGCUGAGUCUCUGGGCCUGCCGGUCACAGACCACACCUACGAAGAUUGUCGUCUGAUGAUUGCAGCUGGAGAACUGACUCUGCCUAUGGAGGCAGGUCUCGUGGAGUUUACCAAGAUCAGUAGGAAAUUGGAAUUAAAAUGGGACAAUGUGAAGAAGGAAUUGGAGAGUUUUGCCAACAUAGCCUGUUCCUGCAAAGGCGGCAGGAUCACAAUUGAGGAGUUUGCCGGCUUUCUCAAACUGCCUGUCAGUCCAGUUCUACAAGAGCUCUUCGCUCUGUUUGACAGGAAUGGCGAUGGGACCAUUGAUUUCAGAGAGUAUGUCAUUGGUGUCACAGUUCUGUGCCGCCCAGCUAAUAAUGAGGAAGUCAUUCAGACAGUUUUUAAGCUGUUUGACAUUGAUGAGGACAACUGUAUCACACAAGAGGAGUUUAGCGGUUUGCUGCGUUCUGCUCUUGGUGUAUGUGACCUUGACGUCCACAGCCUUUUCAAAGAAAUUGAUGCAGAUGGAUCAGGACACAUAACUUAUGAUGAGUUCUGUUCCUUCGCUCUCACCCAUCCGGAGUAUGCCAAGCUCUUCACCACCUACAUCGAGCUACAGCGUUACCAGGGGCUUCAGGGGGAGGAGCUCGAUUUUGAUGCCAGUUUGUCUGAGUGCUGUACUGCUUCUCAUAGUAAGCACCAAGAGGACAGUACCUCUGAUAAGAAAGAUGACUGACAGCAUGCAGCCAUAAGGUUCAUUUUCUGCCACGCCAUUUAAACACGUGCAUUAAGCUUGGGCGGAAGGAUUGUACUCUCACAUAUGCCAUGUCAGCAGUUUUUUGUUUUCACCACCAAGUAUUUCAUAAACUAUUCAGUGGUUUAUUUAAAGGGUUUCAGAUAAAUGCAAAUGCACACAGGCAUGUUAAAAUGUUUUGGUAACACUUUAGGACAGGGGCCAAUUAUCCCUUUUAACUAGUAGCUUAUUAGCAUGCCUAUUGUUAACAUAAUGGCUGUUUAUUAGUAUUUUAAGGACAUAUUCUGCAUGGACAUAUUCUACAUCCAUAAUCUUACCCAGUACCUAAACCUGAACAUUACCUUAAUAGCUAUUAAUAAGCAGCGAAUUAGGAGUAUAUUGAGGCAAAAAUCAUAGUUAAUGGCUGGUUAAUUGUGAGAAUUGGACAUUGAAAAUACAUUUUAAUCUUAAUCUGCAGCUAAAAAGGUAAUUUUAUUGUUAUAACACCCCUCAACCUUUUAGACACGAAGCUUAGUUCCAAUUCUGUUUUUAUGCAUUUUAUUUGAUAAUGUCUAAUAAACAAAUAUAUAUUAUUUGAAUAUAUCUAACCUGGAAAAUUAGUUUGUGAUUGCAUUGGAGAUCACAUGCUUGUGUGUCUUUAAUGGAAAAGUGUAUAUUUCUUAUAAUGAAUAUUUUACAAAAGAGAUUGUUAUACAAAUACCAAGUUUCUUUUCUUUUUUCCUUUUCCCCCCUUUCUGCUCAGGGAUGUUGGUACAGAAAGCGAGUUGUAAUCAAAGGUUUAACUUUGCAUCUUGUUUUUAUUUGCAUUCCCAUCGAGGGGAGAUGUUGCUGAGUUAGCGUUCUGUCCCUGCUGCUUGUUCAGACUAAUACUCUGUUGCAUCCGCUGAAAAUAGGCCAAUUUGUGAGCAAACAGGCAACACAACACGCCUUGAUUCAAGGGCUUGAUUCCAAAUGAUCCCUCUGCAGUGGUAUUUAUUUAGCUAUGCAGGUUGCAAUUAUGAUUUUGUUAACACAGCAAAGUUAGCUUUUUUUGCAAUUAAAAUAAUCCUUUGAAUUUUAACUAGUAUGUCUUGUCCCUUUUAUGUUUGAGUGCAUGAACACUUGUUAGAAAAGUUUGUACACUCUUGUGAAUUGUCAGAAAAUACAGAAGAAAAACUGCUGAUAAGCAGCCUGCUAAGAAUACUUUCAUACUGAAAACUUCCACUAGGUGACAGCAACUCCUAGUAUAUACAAAAAGCAGCUCGUCUGCAUAAACCGCUCCUCAUUUCCAAAGAAAUCUUUAGUGAAUGUGCACAUACUGGAAAUGUACAUCCACAAUAUUAGAUAAACUUCUGCUUUUAUGGAGUUUCAGAAUGCAUGUGUACAAAGUUAAAAAUAAUAAAAUGAAAAGUCACUUC